UGGUUCUUUUAUUUUUUCUCUCUCAUUAAUACUAACCGCCAAAAACCAAAAACCCUUCGUCUCCCUCUUUUUUCUGUUUCACUCAGAAAGCUGUCACCAUCAUAUCACAAGUCCUCUCGUUUGUUCACCUUCUCAAAGCCUCCUCUUCUUCCCAAAUACUUUUCUUGAUUACCCAUAUUCACCAAAAGCUUGAAUCCUCAAAUAUGGCGUCUUCACCGAAAUCCCUUGGAAAAACUGAAAUCAUGAAGCCAUCUGAUAGUUCUCUUGCCUUGGUCAGCGUAGCAUCUCCGUCAACUAUUAUCUUGAUGUCUGAGGAUGGAGCCCAUGUUGUGUCGCUAAAUGGUCCUCUAUCCAGCCCAACUAUUGCGGAAAAUCAUUCUUCGGACCUUCUUUUAGUUCUUCUUCAUGAAGCAUCGAGUAAGGGGGAAUCGAGAGAACAUGCAACUUUCAGGGUCGCACUAGAUGGGUCUGCAAAUUGGAGUUCUGGUACAACAAACUCGCCAGAAAUGUCAUCAGGCCGAGAUUGAUCUGGCCUCUGCAUUAGCAGCAAGUAAAAGGACCCGUGCCUCUGUAAGAACUUUCCCUACAUCCCCUGACAUUGUUAUUUCUGAUGAUGAUGUCGUUCUUAGUAGGGUUAGGCGUGGUAAACACAUUGCUUCUAAAUCUUCUUGCUCUAAGCCAAAGCCCACCCCUAAAAGCCAUGAAAUCCUCUUCAAAAUCUGUCCCAAUAGUUUGAUCCUCAAGAAAUUUCACGUCGACAUCCAAAAAGAAACAGGUUGCUUCCCCUGUUUCCUCAUCGUGUUCCUUGUCUGGAUCGAAUGUUGAGAAUCCAACCCAGUCCAAUCCUUCAGCAUCUUCCGCUCAGCUUGAGAGAAUUAUUUACUUCCAUCAACAAUCAGUUCUUUAAGGAAGAGUGGUCAUUGGAUUUGGGGGUCCUGAGAUGGCUGUGUUACUGUCCAAAACAGGGCCUCAAGGUUGGUCAGCUCUUUUUCUUCAGGGUGAUAUCCAACGUAAGAUGGCUAAGAGGGAGGUAACUGAAUUCUACAUAAAUAGGAAGAGUGAUGGUCUAUCUUUUACCUCCACUGUGAGAAGCACCCUUAUUCAAUUGGUCCCUGCUGAUGUUGCUCGGAUAUUAGAGAUUCCUUUUGCCGGGUAGAAUCACUAUGUAAAGCUUGAAUGACCUUCUUUACCUGCCAAUUCGUCUGCACUAAGUAUCUGUUGAAAGUUCUUGUCAAAGCCUAAUCUGCCUCAUCAUAAUUGCAUUGAGAAGAAUGAGAUGUCUCCGCUACAUAAGCUCUACUUUGAUGUGGUUCAUAAGAUUAUCCUACAACGAAAGCAACGACGGACGCAUGCUAACUUUCUUCAUCUCACCCUUAUGGAGUUAUUGGACACUGAGGUGCCUAUAAAUUUACCCUCUCUGAUUAUCAACCACAUGCACAGGGUUCUUAAUCAGGAUAAAAAUGGUCAUGCAUUUCCUUAUGGGUUCUGGAUGGCUUCUAUCUUUGAGUCUUUUGAUGUGCCAGUACAGGUGUGGGUCUCUCAAACUGUCAAGGAUGUGGUAGGUCGAGUUAAUCAUAUGACUCUUCCUAUUUCUAUGAGGCGCCUGAACUCCCCUCUUCAGCGAUUGAAAUAUCAACCUGCUGAGAAGGAAGAUGAACUAGCAGCUAUGACGACUGCUCAUCAAUUAGAAAGGGAGAGUUGGGAGGCUCAGGUAGUGGUUCUCCAAAAUGAACUUGAUCAGGAAAGAAAUGCAAAUAUUGCCACUGUGCGCCACUUAACUAACCUACUAUCCACUCAAAAUCCCUCCUUAGUCCCUUGAAAGCUCUCUUCUCUUUUGUCUCUCUGCUCGACUAUGCUAUUUUUGUGAAUCAUGUUUUGUGUGUGCUCUCACUUUAAGACGUUUAAUGCCCUUUGGUUGUAUUCUAUGUUCUGUUUUGGCUGUUCCUACACUAAUUUCAGCUCUUGGUACUUUUGUCUAUGUUACUCACUGUUUUUAGCUGAUUUGGUUAUGACUUUGAUCGCCAUAUUUUGGUGCAGAUUCAGUAUUAAUCA